AUGAUAUCCAGCUUGCCCCGUAAGUCACCUGUGCCGAGCCCUGCUUACAGCAAUUUCGAGCUUGCCUUGAGGGAACGCUUCAGCUUCACGGAUAAGCUCAGCGAUAAGAUAAGUACAAAUAAAUUGACGAAUUGCGCCCUAGGAACUCUAUACUCGGGCGUCGCAAUUUUUGCACAAUACCUACCCUUCAGUAAUUGGCAAAUCGCUAAGCAUCCUGUUUGCGGAGGCGAUGUUCAUGUACGCUGCCUGCGAUUUCUGUCUGGUGGCCAUGAAGAUCUUUCGCUCACUGGAGAUUUCGGAGCUGAUAAUUGCUAA